AUGGUCGAGCAACGGCGUCAACUGAACAAUAUGCUGAGCAAGUCUAAAAUGGCCGAGUCGCCCAGGGAGACGGUAAAUGGGCGUCGAAUUCGUGACCCGCAGUGUGCUCGAUGUCGUCAGCACGGAAUUCGCGUUCCGCUCAGAGGACACAAAAGGGUCCUUUGCCAGUUUGCAAACUGUAAAUGCGAAAUGUGCGAACUCGUUGAAGACCGGCGUUCAUUGAUGGCAAAGCAGAUAAAACUACGACGCGAUCAGCAACGGCAGAGGAAUAACAUGGAUGAUCGGCAUAGUUCGGACAGCACCGGCGAGCACGACCUGACCGAACCCUCGUCUUCUGAAGUGUCGCCGUCACCACACAUCACCGCAGAGCUGCCUCAUCCGGUUGCAGUCUAUCCUUGUCCGGCACCGCCACCACUCACACCACCGAUCGCUAUGGUACUGCCACAACCAGUGGUGCAUCUCAUUCCUCCAAUGCCGAAUCCAUUCAUGUUACCGCUACCGUUCUUCAACAUCCUUCAUCAACUCUCACAACAAAUGCACUAA